AUGGAAAGAUUCCUGGGUUUCACCCAUAACCACUGUUUCAUCGUGCUGUUCUUCAUCGCCCAGAGCCCACUGGGCCUGGCCCAGUAUGAACACUGGCCCUACCUCCCUGGUUACCCUGAGCCACCCCCACAAGUGUACCAGCCCCCCCAGAGACCAGUGAACGUUCCCAAGAUCCAGCUGCGGCUUGCAGGGCAGAAGAGAAAACACAACGAAGGCAGAGUGGAGGUGUUCUACAGUGGCGAGUGGGGCACGGUCUGCGAUGACGACUUCUCCAUCCACGCGGCGCACGUCGUCUGCAGGGAGCUGGGCUACGUGGAGGCCGUAUCUUGGCUACCGAGCUCCAAGUAUGGAAAAGGAGAAGGGAGAAUUUGGAUGGACAAUGUCCACUGUACUGGCAAGGAGACCACCCUGGCAGCAUGCACUUCCAACGGCUGGGGAGUGACCGACUGCAAACACACCGAAGACGUGGGAGUAGUCUGCAGUGAAAAGCGAAUCCCUGGCUUCAAGUUUGACAACUCAUUGCUUAACCAAAUAGAGAACAUGAACAUCCAGGUGGAGGACAUACGGAUCCGUGCCAUCCUCGCCACCUACCGCAAGCGGGUGCCCGUCACGGAGGGUUACGUGGAGGUGAAAGACGAAGGGACCUGGAAGCAGAUCUGCGACAAGCACUGGACCAUGAAAAACUCCCGCGUCGUCUGUGGCAUGUUUGGAUUCCCGAGCGAGAGGAAAUACAACACCAACGUCUACAAGAUGUUUGCCAGCAGAAGGAAGCAGCAUUACUGGGCUUACUCAAUGGAUUGCAGUGGGAACGAGGCUCACAUCUCCAGCUGCAAACUGGGCAAUCACCUCAAUGUGGAUGCGGAGAAGAACGCGACGUGUGAGAACGGGAUGCCAGCCGUCGUCAGCUGCGUCCCCGGGCGCGCCUUUGCCCCCAGCAGCCACAGCGGCUUCCGAAAAGCCUUCAGGCAGGAGCAACCACUGGUGAGGCUGAAAGGAGGAGCCAACACCGGCGAAGGACGAGUUGAAGUGCUGAAGAACGGGGAGUGGGGAACGGUUUGUGACGACAACUGGAACCUGGUGUCCGCCAGCGUGGUGUGCCGAGAGCUGGGAUUUGGGAGCGCCAAGGAAGCGAUAACGGGCGCGAGGCUCGGGCAAGGCAUGGGUCCCAUCCACCUGAACGAAAUUGACUGUACGGGCUUUGAGAAGUCGGUCACGGACUGCAAGUUCAACACGGAGUCGCAGGGCUGUAACCACGAGGAAGACGCUGCUGUGAGAUGCAACGUCCCAGCGAUGGGUUUCCAGAAUCAGCUGCGUCUGAGCGGCGGCCGCAACCCCUACGAGGGCCGGGUGGAGGUCCUGGCAGAGCGCAACGGCACGCUGAAGUGGGGCACGGUCUGCAGCGAGAACUGGAGCACGGUGGAGGCCAUGGUGGUGUGUCGGCAGCUGGGCCUGGGGUUUGCCAGCCAUGCCUUCCAGGAAACCUGGUACUGGCAUGGAGACAUCAGCGCUGACAACGUAGUCAUGAGCGGCGUCAAGUGUUCGGGGACAGAGAUGUCCCUGGCCCACUGUCGUCACGACGGAGCCGACGUCUCCUGUCCCAGAGGAGGUGGCCGUUUUGGUGCUGGUGUGUCCUGCUCGGAGACUGCCCCUGACCUGGUGCUCAACGCCGAGCUGGUGGAGCAGACGGCCUACCUGGAAGACCGCCCCAUGUUCAUGCUGCAGUGCGCGCUCGAGGAGAACUGCCUGGCCAGCUCGGCCGUCAACACCUCCCUCACCUCGGGGUACCGGCGCCUGCUGCGCUUCUCCUCCCAGAUCCACAACAACGGCCAGUCCGACUUCCGCCCCAAUCCCCCCAAGACCGGCCGCCAUGCCUGGGUCUGGCACGACUGUCACCGGCAUUACCACAGCAUGGAGGUGUUCACCCACUACGACCUCCUCAACCUCAACGGAACCAAGGUGGCCGAGGGACACAAAGCCAGCUUCUGCCUGGAAGACACCGAAUGCGAAGCAGAUGUGCAAAAACAGUACGAAUGCGCCAAUUUUGGUGAGCAGGGCAUCACGGUGGGAUGCUGGGACGUGUACCGCCAUGACAUCGACUGCCAGUGGAUCGACAUUACUGACGUCCCCCCGGGAGAUUACCUCUUCCAG